GCAAUCCUUGGUUAUUGAUUGAAAUCCCCUGAACAGAGGGUGGUUGCAGGGCUGUUUUUGAAACACAAGAUGUCAUAAAUAUUGCUGUGGCUUCACAGUGACUUCAGCAAUACUUCUGCAACUCUAUUUCAAGCCUCUCUACCUAAGAAGAUAAGGGUAAGGGGAAUUCUGAUUGGAUAAUAUAACACAAAAUUCUAUAUGAAUUUACAUUUUUAAAUCCAUUUCAUUCUUGUUUUAUUCUACAAUUCAACAGACCUGCCAUGGGUUCCAUCAAUAAGAGAUAUAGAGAAGAAAAAUAUGAUAAUUUCCAAAUGGAAGAAAUGUUCAAAAUAAAGACAGGAAACCAGACUAUAAUCUCAGAAUUCAUCCUUGUGGGAUUUGGAAUUCUCCCAGAGUUGCAGCCUCUUCUUUCCUUUUUCUUCUUGAUAAUAUAUCUUGCAACAAUAAGUGGGAAUCUCCUCAUUAUAUUCUUAGUGAUAGUUGACCACCAUCUUCACUCCCCCAUGUACUUUUUCCUAGGAAAUCUGUCAUGCCUGGAGACCUGCUAUAGUUCAAUUAUCUUACCAAAAAUGUUGGCCAAUUUGUUUACUGGUCAACAAUCUAUUUCUUUUACUGGAUGCAUGGUCCAAUUUUAUUUGUUUGGUUCUUGUAUUGGCAUCGAAACAUAUCUCCUGGCAGCUAUGUCCUAUGACCGAUAUGUGGCAAUAUGUAGACCUCUACAUUAUACUUCCAUCAUGCAUGUUAUGGCUGGUGUUCAGAUUAUGAUUGGAUUGUGGAUUGGUUCUUUCCUAGCAAAUUGCCUAACAAUAGCACUGCUGGCUCAGUUAUCAUUCUGUGGCCCUAAUAUUAUAAAUCAUUAUUUUUGUGACUUGUUCCCACUUGAAAAACUUGCAUGUAGUGAUACAACAAUAGUUCAACUUGUUACCUUCCUUUUGACUGUUAUUUUCACUAUCACUCCAUUUCUACUUACACUAAUGUCUUAUAUUGCCAUUAUUGCCACAAUUCUAAAGAUAUCUUCUGCUGCUGGAAGGCAAAAAGCCUUUUCAACCUGUUCGUCUCAUCUCAUGGUGGUUUCUCUUUUUUAUGGUACACUAAUAAUUGUCUACAUUUUGCCAAAUACACCCAGUUUGAGGGAACUGAAUAAAGUUUUUUCCAUUUUCUACACUGUCUUGACUCCUCUGAUCAACCCUUUGAUCUAUAGUUUAAGAAACCAAGAAGUUCACACAGCGCUAAGGAGAGUUGGAUGCAAAAUAUAUCAUUUUGCAAGAACGCAAGCCAGUAUAUUAUCAUAGAUUUUGAUUUAUUUCCUCUUAUUUUUAUUUAAUUUUAUUUAUUUAUUUAUUUAUU